AUGUUAGAAAAUGGAAGAAGUUCUAGCUUCUUGUCUUUUAUAUUUCUUCGAAAUCUCUCUUUCUCCGUGUGCGUAGUGAUUCUGAAGAGAGUUUCCAGUUUGAAGGUGUUCAGAGUAAAUAUAUAUAUAUAUAUACAUUCCAUUUCGCGUUCUCCUAUAUAUACAUAUAUAUAUAUAUAUAGGUAUAUAUAUCGAUAUAUGUAUAUAUAUGUAUAUGUCAUCAAGCAUGACAUUCGGUGUAGUUUUUUUUCUUUUUCUUUUUCCUUUUCUUUAUAUAUAUAUAUUUAG